UGGGUGUCUGAGAAGGAGGAGGAGAAAUAAUAGAUCAAUGGAAAAUCACACCUUAAACAGCUUUACCCUCCAGCUGGAGGGGUUAAAGGUCACAGAGACUUCUAUGUACCCCAUCUUUUUCUUCUUCCUGUUUUCUUACCUAGUGAUAAUGAUCCUGAAUGUGGGUAUUGUUGUCCUGAUUUGCAUUGAUAAAAGCCUCCAUCAGUCCAUGUACCUGCUGUUCUGUAACCUUCCAGUGAACGAUGUUCUUGGUAACUCGUACAUGGUGCCUCGGGUCAUGUCUGACCUCCUGAAGCCUCCCUCUGAGCGCCACAUCGGCUACUAUGAAUGUGUUGUUCAGGCUUUCUUUUCACAUGUCUUUGGCACCGCUUCCCACACGGUGCUCAUGAUCAUGGCCUUUGACCGAUACGUGGCCAUCUGUAAUCCUCUGCGUUACUCUGCAAUAAUGACCAACAGAAUGGUGCUGAAGCUGACCGUCUCUGCCUGGGGGGUGGCCUUUGUUCUGGUCGGGAUUCUGCUGGGUCUGACCGUACGGCUGAACCGAUGCAGGACUCUGAUCACGAACCCUUUCUGUGACAACGCCUCACUGUUCAAGCUGUCCUGUGAGAGCGUGGUCAUCAAUAACAUCUACGGCCUGACCUUCACCGUGGUUCUGUUCACAUCAUCUAUAGGCAGCAUCAUCCUCACCUACACUAAGAUCACCGCUGUCUGUCUGACCAGUAUGAACAAGACCCUGAACACAAAAGCCUUAAAGACCUGCAGCACCCACCUGGUGGUGUAUCUCAUCAUGCUUUUCUGUGGGAUCUUUAUAAUUACGCUGCAUCGCUUCCCUCAGUACUCAGACCAGAGGAAAAUAUCUGCCAUCCUGAUCCACAUAGUUCCCAGCAGCCUGAAUCCCAUCAUUUAUGGAGUUCAGUCAAAAGAAAUUAAGAAAUUCCUGUCAAAGUUUUUCCAGAGCAGGAAAAUUUGCUCGUUGUCUUAAAAACACAACUGUGCGUCUGCAAACAUGUGCUCAGUGUGUUUAUUCAGGAAAACUGUUUACAGAGGUCCUGUUGGGAUCCCGUUGUCCUGUUCUGAAUUUCUCAUCCGUCCCUCAUUGCUUUACAUUUCCAUCCUGGGAUUCAGGCUAUUGCAGUAAUCUGAUGAAGUGGUCUGGACCAACAGCUCUUCAGCUUUCUGAGGUCUGUCAGAGGUUUCCACUGAAAAGCUCAGUUUCAGUUUGGACUCUGUAACCGACCGCUUCCAGAGAUACUUAACUCUCAGACUCCUUAAGUCCUGAAUAACAAACAGCUUAGCAAAGAAACUCUAUUAAUUAGGCCUUAAGCUUCUUUGUUACUAACAAUGUCUCACAAUAAAAACAACUUGUUCCAUUUUCUUUGGUUGAAUUUGUUUAAAAAAAUCCUCAAAAUAAGAGUUUGAUGUAAAGAAACUGAAAUGAAGAGGAUUUGUGAAAGAGCUCCUGAAUAUUUUUGCAUGGUGUGCAGGAGCUUCAGGAUUAGGACACUAAACCAUUUCCAGCCAAUAUGCGAUGUUUCUAAGUCAAGUCUUUAGGAAUCGGGAUACAUAAUCUGCAGAGAUCUAACACAGAUGUGAGGAAGGCUGCUGGGAAUCACCAUGUUGGAGCUAAAUAACAAUUUAGAUCCUUACAAAACAGUCAGUAUGCUAACAUGUGUGGCCAUGCAGUACCUGUCUGCUUGGACUUAAUGAGAGUUUUCUGACUCCUUAGAUCUGGAAUUCUUCUUGAUGCUUAUUGUUAUUAUAUAUUGCUUUUAUUACCUCAGCCAUCAGUCUGCACAUGGUUAUAUGACUACUUUUAAAUAGGUCUUCACACGUCCUGCUAUAGCCGAUGGGUUGUUGUACACAGGAAUAAAACUUUAGAACAAGACUUACUCCCAAAUUAAUUCUUAGCAGGUCUGCAAGCACUGCAAUGUAAUUAUUGUUGACCAGAAACUAAACCAACAAAUGAAGAUCAAGGUAAAAACCUUUAAUGGUGCUAAGGGAUGAAGGAGGAAUCAUUAUCAGUGGGAACUCUGCUGUAAAAGAAGGAGUUCUGCAGCAUCCAGGUGCAUUAAUGCAAUGCCAGGAUGGAAAGACAUCAGCAAUCACCUCAGAGCAGCUGCUGCUGUGAGGACAUGCUGACUAAGGCUACAUUCACACUGCAGGGAAAUGCGGUCCAAAUCCAAUCUUUUCAUAGCAGUGUGAACAGCCAAAUUCCUGUCUUUUCAAAAAAUAAAAAUAAAAAUCUGACUUGUACCACUUAUGCCAAUUCUUAUAGUAUCAACUAUUUUUCAAAGCAUCUGUAGUCUGAACGGUCAUAUCACAUUUCAUCCGUCUCUCACUACACGUCCACACAGCAGCAGCUAUGUAUAUAUCCAUAAAGGCCGUAGUUAGGAGCUCUGCUGCUUUCUGCCUUCCUCAUUUUGUCUUGCUAUGAUAUGGUCUUAAUAUGGUCGGCUCCCAUUGCUCAAUAGCUUUCUAAUACCAAAGAGAGAUGCUGGCCAGUAUCUGCAGUUUAUUUCAGUUUUUUUAAAUGAAACUUUAUUGAACAAAACUUCUAGAAACAAUUACAUUCGCCUUCUGUUAUCUGCACCUUUGGGUUGCUAUGUGGUCUUGAACCAUUCAGACAGAAGUAUGAUGGCGGCUGUAUUUAAUAGUAAAACGAAUGGCGACCGUAAAAAAAUCUGAUUUCAGCAAAAAAUUGGAUUUGAGGUGGUGAAACACCUGAGAGACAUCACAGGGCUCCUGUUGGACCGGCAGAGGACGUCUCAGCCUGGGUCUACACUUCAUCCUGCACCACCUCGACCAUCCAGGGACAUACAUCAGGAUCCUGUUUGUAGACCUCAGCUCAACCUUUAACACCACGAACCCAGACAUCCUCCACCAGGAGCUCACCCGGUGCAAAGUGCUGCUCUCCUCCUGUCAGAGGACCAGCAGCUUCCUGACCAACCGCCAGCAGCAGGUGAAGCUGGAGAGCAUCUUCCCCCUCCUCUUCUGCCUGUUCACCGAUGACUGCACAUCUCAGGACCUGCCUGUGAAAUUCCUGAAGUUUGCAGAUGACACCACUGUUAUUGGGCUAGACCAGAAUGGUGAUGGGUCUGCAUACAGACAGGUAGUAGAUUGGGAGGACCAUGGGCAGAGAUGCUCUUCUAUCUCUGUGUGGUUCAGUUCAUCUACAAAGCUUGAAGGGUCCAGACUGCAAUGAACAAUUAGAGGUGCAGAUAGGAUCAUCCGUGGCCUGCACAGGUUCUUCAGGUCGGAGCUACAGAGCGCUGAUAGCUAAAAUGAGCCACACAGAGCCAGUUUCUACCUCCAGGCUCUGACUCUGAUGAACACCUUACAGUCAGGGUAUCCAGCUACUCUGCUGAGAACAAACGCUCCUGUACACACUGUUCUUAC